AUGAAUCUUCGACAACAUGAUUUUCCACCUAACUACUGGCUUCGUUUGCACAACCACACGAUGUAUCCACCACCGUCAAUACCAGCAAGAACACCACGACCUCCAUCCACAAUCAAAAUCGAGAAAUGUCUUGUUUCUCUGGCGCCACAUGUCCAGAAGUUCAUUUACAACGCUGCCAUUGAUCGGCGAAAAGGCGAAAUUAGAUCCACCAAGUUCCCAUUGAGUCGAGAUCAACUCACCAGUUUGAAACAUCUUGGUGUGACAAAUAAAUAUCAACGGGUUGAUUUACUUCAACAACAACUCCAGGUGGUAUUACAUUUCGAGCACAAAAGUUAUCUUCGUGGUGUCCAAAAUAUUCAAGUGAAGUUGCAGCAACAAAAACCGGUGAUAUUUGGAAAAAAUCCAAUUCUUCUUCUUCGCAUUCGACUUCAGCAACAACCACCAGUUCUCCAACAAAUAUUCCAUCGAGACAAAUGA